UAAUGGAGUGUUGCACUGGGCCAAAUUACGUUACAUUUCUUGGUGCUUUAUCUGCUUGUGCCCAUGCAGGAUUAGUUGCUAAAGGACGGGAGAUCUUUCAGAGCAUGUAUAGAGAUUAUUCGGUAAAACCAAGAAUGGAGCAUUAUGCUUGUAUGGUCGAUCUCUUAGGACGAGCAGGAAGUUUGAAUCAGGCUCUUGAAUUUGUAAUGCAAAUGCCUGAAAAGCCUAAUAGUGAUGUUUGGGCAGCUUUACUUAGUUCUUGUAGACUACACGGCGAUGUGGAGCUAGCUAACAUAGCUGCCAAUGAGCUUUUCAAGGUAAAUGCUAAGAGUCGUCCUGGGGCAUAUGUUGCAUUAUCCAAUACAUUAGCUGAGGCAGGUAGAUGGGAUAAUGUGAGUCAACUCAGGGAGGUGAUGAAGGUAAGGGGAAUACUGAAGGGUACUGCCUUCACUUGGGUUGGGAGUGAUGCUGGUUUAGAAGCUUUCAAUGCCGGUCAGAACUUGUGAGAGAAUGGUAAAAUAUCAGUAACAUCAGAAUUUAUCAGAUUCAAAAUAUCAAGCUCAUUGAUAUUAGACCAGUAAAAUAGAUCAGUAACUCCCUACUAUUCUCGGCCCAGAGAUUGAGGUUAUUGAUGAUUGUCAAAUAAUUGACUUCGAUGCUUCUGAUUGCAAAUGAAGUACUCUGGGGUGAGUUGUUCAAACAUGGAGAUACUUGUUCCCUGAGCUUAAGAUCAUUCUUAAUUAUCUUCAUGAAAAAGACAAGAGGAAGAUGUCUGGUCUAUCAAGGUUUGUGUAACAUGAUAAGAAUCCAGAAAUUUUUCUUUGUUGAAACAAGACGACUUGAUAUUCACAUGGAGACUUUACCAAUGAAGCCAACGUGAACAAGAUGAUAUCUCAAUGAUGGAUAAGCAGCAAACACUGGGAUUGGUAUAUAAGCUAUUGAAACUCUUUCAAGUUCUAAGAGAGAACUUCAGAAGCUAAGCAGACGAUAUACUAAGGAACAAAGCAAAGCCUGACAAAGCUAGCAGAGAGGCAGAUUGAAAUUUGUACUAUCAAAUGCCUAUUUUGAAUUGAAUAUCCAAUCAAUUUAUUGAGUUUUUUACAAUGAACAUUACUGAAUUUAUCUCAGAUAUGACAGUUUUUCGUAUUGUUCUCAUAUCAGAAAAGUGUUCCUGCGGGACUCGUACAAAUCCACCAGAAUAUAAUUCAGAAGCAAGAA